UGGGGGAGGGUUUGUAUGACCCCCCCCAAGUAUUUUUUUUUGCCGGAAGCCCCCCCUUUUUUUUAUACGAAUUUUUGAAAAUCUUAAAAAUUGCACUAAACAACGCAAUAUUUUCGGUUUGUCAUUGUAAACUGUGUUAAUUUAGUAUCAAAUAGUUAGUUUGUCCAUUAAACAUGUACAACACAUUAAUUAAUAUAUUUUAGCACUAAAAAUAUAGUCAAAAACUUUGCUUAAAAGUAAAAACAAAAAAGACACUAACUAUGAACAGAACGCAAUCCGCCGUUUUGGUUAUGUGCUACUGUCAUCUUAUCUACUGACUUCGAAAGUAGCUGUCGGUAAACGGACAGCAGGGGGUGCAGGGGGGCGCAGCCCCCCCGCACGGGGGGUCGGGGGGCGGUAGCCCCCCGCAAUGAAAAGAAACAAAUUAGUCACAAAUCAAACUCGGUUUGGUUAGGUUAGGUUAGGUUGGUGUAAACCACCAAAGCAGAGCGAGCGAAGCGAGCGGAGCGUUCAAACUGAGUAAAAAAGUAUAAUAGACAGUACGUAUAGGUUAGGUUAGGUUUAACUCACCUUCACCCCUUUCAUCCCUUCUGACUUUCCCCCCCCUUGCCCAUCUGGCGGUUAAUGACCUUUAGCACACUUUUUAUAUGAAAACUUUAAAAAUUCGUAAAAAAAAAACUAUAGGCUUCCGGCAAGGGGGGGUCACGGGAGGGGGGGUGUUAACCCCUCCCCCAUCCCCCUGCCCCCUCCCCACCCCUCUCCGGCGGUGGCCCGUUUCAAGAGUUUAACCAGGCCAAGUCCCGAACAACUCUCAACUCUACUGGAGUAUAUGGAAAGUCAUGGGGACCUGGCUAGGCCUGUUGCAGGGGCACAAGGUCGAGUACGGUCAGACCAAUUAUGGUCUGAUCUUACUAAUAUAUUAAAUUCCGUUGGUGGUGGUGUCAACAAAACAACAGACAAGUGGAAAAAAGUAUGGGCCGAUUUAAAAUCCAAGACUAAGAAAAAAGGUCUGACCUUGCGGCAACAUGCCAGAGGGACUGGAGGUGGACCGGCUAGCCAGAAAUCCUUGUCGCAUUUGGAGGAAAGGGUUCUGGCUAUUAUCGGCCCAACAGCAGUGGAAGGACAAGACUCUAUACAAGAGCUUGGAUUUAGUAGACCUCAAUCUUCUGCACCUGCACCCUCUCAAUCAUCUGCAGUUGUUGCCCAAGAAGAUGAUCCAGUAUAUGUGGACUAUGGUGGUGGUGUGGUUAAAUAUUAAAAUAAGUAGAUAAGUAUAUUGAUAAGUUAAAAGACUGGAUACUUAUUAAAAUUGUUAUAUUAUUAUUAUUAUUUUCUUUUUCAUUAGAUACUAACUUAAAAAAAUAUACUUAAGCUUAAAUAAAAUGAAACUAUAAAUUAUAUACAGACAGAAUUAUCUAGUCAGUAGAAUGCUGCAUUCUACUGACUAGAUAAUUUCACAUAGCCCUUCCUCGAAUUAACUCGUUUUGAUUAGUGUUGGUUGUAGAGGUGUUAUGCUGUAUACUUUGAUCUUCACUACCAUCAAGAGCCUCAGCUGGCAUAUCUGUUGGAGCAGGUAGUUUAGCAUGUAUUGCAAUAUUAUGCAAUACACAACAUGCGUUAAUAAUUCUGCUAGCCACGUAAGGCUGAUAGUGAAGAACACGGUGUCAAAGCAUACACCUCCAACGAG